CCACCCCAUGAGAUAAGCACCCACCCACCCCCAUUUAUUUCAACAUCUUCCGAGUGUGAUAGAGCGUAAACCACCGCGUCAUGGAGAAAGAUGGGAGAGCACAUAAGCCUCCAAAGAAGAAGGUCGCUUCGAUAUUGAGUGGAAUCGAAGAAAUACCAGAUCCAGAUCCAGACCCCAAUACAAAACCAACGACAACCAGUGAAGGGACAAGGGGCACAAGUCCGCGUCCCCAGGCGAGUGGCGGAACCAUUGCGGCUCUGGUGAGCGGUUUGCACCACACGGGGGCACGUGACAUCCAGUCGCUGCAUCAGCCACUGCUCGAGUGCGAGGAGCGGGCGCUGGCCAUCAAGAAUCACCUCAGGGUGCAUCGCCAGGGCCAUGGCACUGAGGCAUCGCCCCACGAUUCCAUGUCGCGAUUUAUAGUCGAUAUCGAGGAGGAGCCAUCGGAUUCGUCGCAGAGUACCGGAGUGCAGGAACACCAGGAGCAUGAGCAUACCGGUGGUGGUGGUGGUGGUGCUGGCGGUGGCGGUGGCGGACCGAGUUCCUUGCGUCGCUUCAGCCACUUCAAUCUGGCACUGCGUCGUUUCUCCCACAUCCCACAUGUCCAUGUAAAUAACAUAAAUCGCUACGGAGAAUCCAUGGGUUCGCUGGGACAUCGCGCCUUGCUGCAGUACAUCGAUAAUAAUGAUCUAUCCGGUCUGCGCGCCAUCCUUGACAGCCGGCACCUGAACAUCGAUGAUCGGGAUGAGAAUGCCACCACCGUGCUGAUGGUUGUGGCCGGACGGGGUCUCACAGCAUUCGUUCGGGAAUUUCUGGCACGCGGCGCCGAUUUCCAGGCCGAGGAUCUGGACAACUGGACAGCUCUGCUGUGUGCCUCCCGCAAUGGACACUUUGAUGUCGUCCAACUCCUACUGGAUCAUGGCGCUGAGGUCGAGCAUCGCGAUAUGGGUGGCUGGACGAGUCUGAUGUGGGCCGCCUAUCGGGGGCACACGGAACUGGUGCGGCUGCUGCUGGAAAAGGGGGCCGAUGGCAAUGCGCAUGGCAAUUACCACUUGGGCGCCCUGCUCUGGGCAGCGGGACGGGGCUUCAAGGACAUUGUGGAGCUGCUGGUGCAGCGCGGGGCCAAGGUGAAUGUCGGCGACAAGUACGGAACGACGGCCCUCGUCUGGGCCUGUCGAAGGGGCAACGUGGAGAUCGUGGACACUCUGCUGAAGGCCGGUGCCAAUGUGGACACCGCGGGCAUGUAUUCGUGGACCCCACUGCUGGUGGCAGCCGCCGGCGGACACACGGACUGCGUGAGUUCCAUUCUGGAGAAGAAGCCGAAUGUGAAUGCUCUGGAUAAGGAUGGAAUGACGGCCCUGUGCAUCGCCAGUCGUGAGGGAUUCCAGGAUAUUGCUGCCUCCCUCAUAGCAGCCGGCGCCUACAUAAAUAUACAGGAUCGCGGUGCGGACACGCCCCUCAUUCAUGCCGUAAAGGCCGGCCAUCGCACCGUUGCUGAGGCACUGCUGAAGAAGCACGCGGAUGUGGAUAUCCAGGGCAAGGACCGCAAGACGGCCAUCUACACGGCCGUGGAAAAGGGCCACAUUCAGAUCGUUAAGCUGCUGCUCUCCACAAACCCCGACCUGGAGUCGUCCACCAAAGACGGCGACACACCGCUCAUGCGGGCGGUGCGCAAUCGCAAUCUGGAGAUCGUCCACAUGCUGCUCGACCGCAAGGCCAAGGUGACGGCCGCCGAUAAGCGGGGCGACACCUGCCUGCACAUAGCCAUGCGGGCGCGCAGCAAGGCGAUUGUAGAGGCGCUGCUGCGCAACCCCAAGCACAGCCAGCUCCUGUAUCGGGCGAACAAGGCGGGCGAGACGCCCUACAACAUCGACACCCUGCACCAGAAGACGAUACUCGGCCAGGUGUUUGGCGCCAGGCGUCUCAACACCAACGAGGACUCCGAGGGCAUGCUGGGAUACGAGCUGUACUCCUCGGCCCUGGCGGAUGUGCUCAGCGAGCCCACGCUAACGACGCCCAUCACCGUCGGCCUCUACGCCAAGUGGGGCAGCGGCAAGAGUUUCCUGCUCAACAAAUUGCGCGAUGAGAUGAACAACUUUGCCAAACAGUGGGCCGAGCCGCCCGCCAAGACCAGCGGCCUUCUGUUCAUCGUGUCGCUGCACCUGGCGCUGCUCAUUGGCAUCAUUGUGGGUCUGAGCACCUGGUCCACUGUCUGGGGCGUGUCAAUCGCCGCGGGCUUCAUGCUGAUGGCAUACCUCAUGCUGGCGGCUGUGAAGUAUUGCAACUACCAGAUGGACAUGCUGUGGGCCUACUCUGUGCAGCAUGGCCUGGAGAAGAGGAUGACGCGGCUGCGCCUCAUCCUGCAGGUGGCAUUCUGCCACCCGCCUGGCCCCCAAUCCGACUCCCAGGCCAAGCCGGUGCGCUUCCACUUUGCGGAGGCGAACAGCGCAUCGCCGACAGGCGAUGGCGCGGUGGCCCAUAUGCUGGCGGCCCUCCUGGGGGCCAUGGAGUCGCACUACGGGUGGCUGGCCACCCGCCUGUAUCGCGCCUUCCGUCCCAAGUGCCUCAAGUUGGACGUGGGCUGGCGCUGGCGGCGCAUGUGCUGCAUUCCCAUCGUCCUGAUCUUCGAGCUGGCGCUGAUCACCCUGGUGACGGGAAUCGCCCUUAUGGUGGCCUACUUCACGUACGCCAAUGAAAAGGAGCGGGAGCAGAUCCAGGUGGUGCUCUAUGUGGUGGCCGCCAUUCUGGGCACGCUCAUCUGCACGCACCUGCACGUCCUGGCCAAGGUAUGCGUUGCCCUAUUCACCUCCCACAUCCGGCUGCUGAAGCGAGCGGUGCACGCCAGCGAAACGGCACCCCUGACGAUGCUCGGGGCCGAGGUGUCGGUGAUGACGGACAUGGUCAAGUGCCUGGAUUCGUUCACAAAUCAGCAGAGCCGCCUGGUGGGCGUCAUUGAUGCCCUCGACUCGUGCGACACGGAGCGCAUCCUCACCCUGCUGAACGCCGUCCAGACGCUGCUCUCCUCGCCGAACCGUCCCUUUGUGCUGCUCAUCUCGGUGGAUCCCCAUGUGAUUGCCAAGGCGGCGGAGGCCAACAGCCGACGCCUGUUCACCGAAGGUGGCAUCGGGGGCCACGACUUCCUGCGGAAUCUCGUACACCUGCCCGUCUACCUGCAGAACUCUGGACUGCGGAAGGUGCAGCGGGCCCAGAUGACGGCGCUUCUAUUCAAGCGGAGCGGCGGUGGCAGCGAAUACCAGAACGACGAUGGACCCACACUGGGGCACUCUGUGUCCGCGCGACGUCUGUCCAAUGCCUCGGAGAUAAUUUCCAGCCAGGAGAAGCUGCGUGGCCCGGCAAGGGCUGGCGGGGGCAAGAAGCUGCGUCUCUCCGAGUCGGUGGCCAGCUCGACGGGCUCCAAUCUGCAUCGCCUGGGUCAGAAUCCCCAGGGUGUGCUCGAUCUGUCGCGAAUUGUGCUCACAGAUGACUACUUCAGUGAUGUGAAUCCGCGCAGCAUCCGGCGUCUGAUGAACGUCAUCUACAUCACGGUGCGGCUGCUGAAGGCCUUCCAGAUUGACUUUAGCUGGUACCGCCUCAGCUCGUGGAUCAACCUGACGGAACAGUGGCCCCUGAGGGCCAGCAUGAUAGUGCUCCAUCACGACCAGUUCAUGGACACCAAUGCGGAUGAGAAUGUCUCCCUGCAGAGCGUAUACGAGAAACUGCGUCCCAAGCUUGCGUAUUUGCGAGAGGCUGCUCCGCUUCUGGAGCUGGAUAGGGAUGAGCGGAAGCUGGAUGCCUUUCUGCAGCUCCACAAAUCGGAUUUACUUGUGGCGGAUCUGCGCAUCUUUCUGCCCUUCACCAUAAAUCUGGAUCCUUACUUAAGGAAGGUUCUCAAGGAGGAUCAGCAAACGAUUGAGGAUGAGGGCUCGCUUGUAAUCCAAACCAGACCGAGCGUAUACAAUCAAAUGCGCCAACAGCCGGUGCCCACCACAUAUGUGCCUUCGCCACAGCCACAGCCACAUGCCUAUCCGCCCUAUCAAAUGUUCCAAAACGAUUUUGUGCCCAACGAGAUGCGAUCGAGGAACCUCAGCUCCAGCACGGAGCCCGUAUCGCCGCUGAUUGCCUCGCCCAGCGAUUCCUUUGGCGAGGACAUAUUGCAGACGAGGCUCUCGGAUCUGACAGUGGAGGGUGUCGUCAGCCUGCUGGAGCGCAUUGAUGACAUGAAGCCAGCCAUGCUCAAGCUGGCGCCGGUGCUCCGUGAUAAUGCCAUCAAUGGACGCGUGCUGAAGCACUGCGAUAUGCCAGAUCUCAAAUCGGUUUUGGGCCUAAGCUUUGGCCACUGGGAGCUGUUUCGCCUGCUGAUCACAACGCUGAGGGAUUGCGAGCGACAGCCGAGGAAGCAGCAUCGCCCGCAGCCACAGGUACCCGCUGUGGAGGCGCCGCCAGUGAGUGUGCCCAUGAUCAAGGACGUGACCGAUGCCCUGAUGCCGCCCCGCGAGUCUUUGUCGCGCAAGAACUCUGCCAGUCAUAUGGAGAAGCAGGUCACACUGGAGGAGCAAAUGAUUUGCGGCACUUUGCAAACGCUCAACGAGGAGGCGUACGAGGACGUGGCCAGCAGUGAGCGACCCAGUCCCACAGGUGAGAUGUUAGCUACAGCCUCACAACUGCAAUUGGCACCCAUACGCGAGUCCUCCGAGUUCGGCUCACCUUCCGACGAGCUUAUGCUGACCACCAUCCUGCAGCACCAUGCCAAGAGUCAGAACAACAACAACAACAACACGAACGCGGUGCCGGGCUCAUAUUUGCAUGCUGAUUACAAUCGUAGUGCCAGUGCCAAUUCCCUCCAGAGUCUUGGGGCGAUUGUGGGCCCCUCCCUGUCCGCUGGUGAUGGCGGCCGCGGCAGCUGCGGCAAUGGGAACGGUAACGACUAUUGCGGUAGCACGUUCGAUCUUGUGCAAGUAGAAUCUGGCGGUGGUGGUAUCUAUGAUAUGCAUCGUGCUGCGGCACGACAAAUUUCGAUCAGCAGCGAGCGGCUAACGCUUAACGAGCCCAGCUCUCUGCCCCUGGUGGUGGUCAUACCCAAUGGCUCCUCGGGGGAGCAGCACUACGACGAUACAAAGCUGUGAGAGGUCCAGCCAUUCCCAUCGUCUGCAAACUGAAACUAUGUAAAAUGCAUGCGAAAUAAUACGGGAGAUUGCGGGGCCCUUAACUUAACUAAUAGUCUGACAAUGGAAAAAAAACCAUUUUAAAAUUGGACCAAAUGUCAAUUGUCAAUCCAGUACGAGACCAAAGCAGAACAGACCAAAAUCAUAUAUCAUCUAGAUAUCAUUCUUUAAAGCCCUGUUUGAUUUACUUUUAAUUUUGGCUUGGCUUCGAUCUGGACAGUAUUAUCGUAUUAUCUACAUAUAUCUAUAAACAUAUCUAUCUAAAGGACUAAAAUUUGAGUUGUGCGACGAUUACUAAUUCAUUCCAAUUGUUAUAUACCAACACGAUUAGUUUAGUUUGAUUAAUUAUUGGCCACAAGAAAUUUAAAAUUGUGAACAACCAGCCAACCCACACACACCCACACUCCCCCACACACACACACACACAACCCACUAAUAACUAACCCGAAUUAAGCGAAAGCCAAGCCUUCACCCCGCCCGGAGACACCCACCAGCGAAAAUAUCAAAUAAAUGAUAAUCUUAUGAACAACUCUCUACCACUUGCAUUUUAUUCAGCUUUCCCCAUAUCUGUGUGUGUGUUUAUUUACCGCCUCUUAACCUCUUUGUUCCAUUCUAUGUUCGAUGUUCCAAAUAUUUACUUCUUAUAAUGGUGGUGCUAUAAUGUGGUACUGCAGCUGCCACAGCGUGUGGCAGUGGAUCGAUCAUCCCUGAUAUCCCCUGAUAAACCACCUUACCUUAC